AUGCAUCAGGGGGCGCUGAAUACAGGCAACCAGAAUGGGGAGCCUCCUCAACCCCUUUCUGACGGCGAACGCAGGAAUACGUGGACCAAUUUCCGGUCUAAUACUGCACUCGGGGGUGUUGACCUUGGGGUAACGGCUACGGACGGAGUCGGCAGACUACUGGAAUCGGUGGAGGAAUACCUCCCGGGAGAUUCCGCAGAGCUGAUCAAGGACGCCUACCUUUUCGCGAACCGCAGCCACGAAGGGCAAAUGCGUAAGUCAGGUGAGCCUUACAUUGCCCACCCUUUGGAGAUCGCCCUUUUCCUCUCUGAACUUCGCCUGGACGAACAGACCAUAGCAGCGUCAUUGCUCCACGACGUGGUCGAAGAUUGCGGCGUGUCCCUGGACGAGCUUUCAGCAAAGUUCGGGCCUGAAAUUGCAAAGCUGGUCGACGGCGUUACCAAGCUGACCCAGCUCGACAGCCGCAUCCACGACCCCAUCAGCGCGAUGCCGUAUGGUUCAGACGACCCCGACAGCCUCUACGCCGAGAGCCUGCGCAAGAUGCUGGUCGCCAUGGCGGAGGACAUCCGAGUCGUCCUCAUCAAGCUGGCCGACCGACUGCACAACAUGCGCACCCUCGGCGCUCUGCCCCCGGACAAGCAGCGCCGCAUCGCCCAGGAGACCCUCGACAUUUACUCGCCCCUGGCGCAUCGCCUCGGCAUCUGGGAAAUCAAGUGGCAGCUUGAGGACCUUGCCUUCCGCUACCUGAACGAGGAGAAGUACCGCGAGAUUUCCCGGCUCCUCGCUGCCAGGCGGGCCGUGCGGGAAGCCUACGUCUCACAGGUAUCGGAACUGCUGCGGACCAAGUUGGAGUCCGAUGGCAUCAGGGCGGAUGUCUCUGGUCGUCCCAAGAACAUCUACAGCACAUACCGCAAGAUUCAGAAAUACGAAGCCCAGGGCAAGCAGCUGAGUGAAAUCUACGACCUCUUCGCCUUGCGCGUACUGGUCGAUCAAGAAGCCGAAUGCUAUCGCGUCCUCGGCAUAGUUCACCAACUCUGGCACCCCAUCCCCGGCCAGAUCGACGACUACAUCGCCAACCCCAAGGAGAACAUGUACCAGGCUCUGCACACGACGGUUGUGUGCGAGGGCGGCACCCACCUCGAGGUGCAGAUCAAGACCUUCGACCACCACGAGACCGCCGAGUAUGGUGUGGCGGCCCACUGGCGUUACAAGGAGGGCAACUCAAAGGACCUGCAGUUCGAAGAAAAGAUGAGCGGGCUGAGGCAGCUCCUGGAAUGGCAGCGGGACGUCACCAGCACCGCCGAGUUCAUCGAGUCGGUCAAAGAGGACAUCUUCCACGACCAGGUCAACGGCAAGCUCGUUUCGCUGGACACCCCGCUGGAAAACGGCGAUACCGUCGAAAUCAUGAACACCAAGUCCGAGCGGGGCCCCAGCCUCGACUGGCUGAACUCCAACCGUGGCUACGUCCGCUCAGCCCACGCCCGCCAGAGCAUCCGCCAGUGGUUCCGGAGGCAGGAGCGCGGCGCCAACAUCCAGCGCGGCCGCGAGAUCCUCCGUCGGGAGAUGCGGCGCCUAAAACUUCAAGUUCGAUGA